GGAUGAGACUGAGCAAUCCACAACCGACAGGAGACACUUGGAAAUCUUUGCUCCCUGAAGGACACUCCGUGCGCUCCGCGUUAAGAUGAGAGGGUUUACGCUGAAUAACGUGUGCCAGUGUGGCUUUUUUACUUAUCUUGUCUUAUUUUCUUUCGUGUCUUUUACCGCCGCAGUCAGCUUCGACUUGACUGAGCUUAGAAAUAAAGUUGCAAAAAUUAAAGUGAAUCCAAGAGGAAAUCUUUGGGCUACAGGGCACUUCAUGGGGAAGAAGAGUGUGAUGGAUACCCCCCUGUUGCCCUCAGCGGAGGGACAAGGCGUCGAUGCGCUGGAAGUCACUCUUCCUGAGGAGCAGAGCGCUCUCGCGGAGCUUCUCCAAGAGUUCCUGCGGUUGGCGUUACAAGCGCAGGUGGAUACACAAGAGAGCCGCUCGAAAAAUCAGGAGGCGGACCUGUUGAUGAAGAUUUUAGAAAACUACAUCCAAAACAGAAAGUGACGCAGAGGAUGAAAAGUCGCAUGAACACGGAUCCGAGGUCACCUGACCUCAUGGGUUAAAAUGAAUAAAUUAGACACAGACUACAGUCUCCUGCUCAUCAUGAUUGUAAUUUACUGUAACUGUCAUAUUUAGCCCUCAGCUCACGUGCCAUUUGCAAUACAAGUAAAUGUUUUAUUUUCAGUUUAUUAUGAUGAUGUUUCACAUUGUCCUGUCGUUUGGAAAUAUUUAUAUUAAAUAAAAUUAUUAUUUGCA